UAAACGAGAGAAAACGAAGAGAAUGUCAGUGAAGGAGGGAGAAUCUGUCACUUUAGAUCCUGGUGUAGUAAAAACCACAAAUUAUUUGAUGAAAUGGCUUUUUAAUGACGUUCACAUCGCUGAAAUCAAUGGAGAUCUUAGUUUUAUCUGUACAGAUGUUCAGUGUUUAUAUGCUGACGAGAGAUUCAGAGACAGACUGAAACUGAAUCAUAUGACUGGAUCUCUGACCAUCACAAACACCAGAAGUGAAGACACUGGACUCUAUUAUCUGCUGAUAAUCACCAUCCGGUUCAGCAUCAGAAGGAGCUUCAUUGUUGAUGUCACUGGUGUUUACGGUGUUCAUACAGACAGUGUGUUCGUGAUGGAGGGAGAUUCAGUCAUUCUACACACUGAUGUUGAAACAAACCAACAAGAGGAGAUUAGAUGGUAUUUUUAUGAAAUCCGCAUCGCUCAAAUCACUGAAGAUCUCAGUUUUAUCUGCACAGAUGUUCAGUGUAAAUAUAGUGAUGAGAGAUUCAGAGACAGACUGAAGCUGGAUCAUCAGACUGGAUCUCUGACCAUCACAAACACCAGAACCUCAGACUAUGGAGUCUAUCAUCUAGAGAUCAUCAGAGACAGUGGCAUCAGUCAUGACACCUUCAGUGUUGCUGUUCAUGGUGUUUCUGCCGCUGAACGAGAUGAAAUGAAGAUGAAGUCGGUGACGGAGGGAGAAUCUGUCACUUUGAGUUUGAUAGAUCAGAGUAAGAGCUGUGAAGAUGGUGAUGAGGGAUUCAGAGGUAGACUGAAGCUGGAUCAUCAGACUGGAUCUCUGACCAUCACAAACAUCAGAACUACAGACUCUGGAGAUUACAAGAUACAGAUCAACAGCAGCAGCAGAAUCAGCAUCAUAAAGAGCUUCAUUGUUAAUGUCACUGGUGUGUCUAGUGCUGAUAAAGAUGGAGGGUCAGUGUCAGUGAAGGAGGGAGAUUCAGUCACUCUACAGACUGGUUUCAAAACAGACAAACCAGAAAAGAUUAUGUGGUAUUUUGAUGGCUUUCAAAUAGCUGCAAUUACUGGAGAUCUCCGUUAUAUCUGCACAGAUGUUCAGUGUAAUAAAGGUUCUGACAGAUUCAGAGAGAGACUGAAGCUGGAUCAUCAGACUGGAUCUCUGUCCAUCAUGAACAUCAGAAACACAGACUCUGGACUCUAUCAACUCAAGAUCAUCAGCAAAAGCGGCAGAAUCAGUAGAAAAAUCUUCAGUGUCGCUGUAUAUGGAUUUUCUGGUGUUGGUUCAGAUGGAGUAUCAGCGUUUGUGAUGGAGGAAGAUUCAGUGACUCUACACACUGAUGUUAAAACAAACCAGCAGAAAGGUGUUAGAUGGUUUAAUAAUGACAGUCUCAUCGCUGAAAUCACUGGAGAUCUCAGUCAUUUCUGUACAGAUGUUCAGUGUAAUGAAGGCACUGAGAGAUUCAGAGACAGACUGCAGCUGGACAAUCAGACCGGAUCUCUGACCAUCACAAACAUCACAACCACAGACUAUGGACUUUAUGAACUGGAGAUUAUCAGCAGCAUCUUAAAUACGGAUCAUCAGAGAAAAGUCAGUGAAAAGACCUUCAGAGUUGCUCCACAUGGUGUUUUUGCUGCUCAACGAGAUGAAAUGAAGAGAAAGUCAGUGAAGGAGGGAGAAUCUGUUACUUUAGACACUCGUGUAAUAAAAAACCCAAAUGUGAUAAAAUGGUAUUUCAGUCACACUCUCAUCACUCAGAUCACUGGUGAUCAGAGUAAGAUCUGUACAGAUGAUGAGUGUGACGGGAGAUUCAGAGACAGACUGCAGCUGGACAAUCAGACUGGAUCUCUGACCAUCACAAACACCAGAAGCACAGACUCUGGACUUUAUAAACUACAGAUCAACAGCAACUACAUCGACAUCACUAGGAGCUUCAGUGUUACUGUCACUGCUGACCUAACAGGAGUAUAUGCUGCUGUUUCUGCUGUUCUGCUGCUGCUGGUCGCAUCUGCUGGUUUAUUUUACUCUUGCAAGUGGCGUUCAAGAAGGAACAACAUCAUGAGGAAGUGUGCUGAUCAGGUGAAUGUUGAAGACUCGUCCCCUGAUCAGACUGACUCUCUAUUGAUGACUCCUGCCAGUCAGACGUCCCCGACUGAGACUAAUGCUGCCAAUGCGACACCAACACAGGCCCGGCUCCGGAAUCAAAUCACUGAGGGUUCAGGUUUGUCUUCAAGUGUUAUAGAAGAAAAAUAUGUUGCUGGUGCUGUUGUUGGUGUUCUGCUGCUCGUGGCUGCUGUUGCUGUUGUGAUUUGUAAAAGAAAGAAAGGUGAAUCAUGUUGA